GCAACUCCUCCCACUUCUCUUGGACAAACAAGAAGAAGUCACAGCACCAAAGGCUGCUCGUGGUGGAUAAUUUGUAUGCAAAAAUAAGGAGAAAAGUUCCGUAAGUAGCACUUUUAUUUUUGUUACUGGGAAUUUAUGAGUGUUUGUUUGAAGUAUUUGCUUCAAGAAGUACCGAACCUGAGCUGUGGCUGAGCAAAUAACAGAACAUCUGUGAAAGUGAAAGUAAAGUUGUCUGUCUGAGACAAGAAAGACCGGACAGCCACAGGAGAAAUUAACAGAAUGGCUGCAAACGUGUCACCAUCUGAAGUGGAGUGCACCUGCCCAGUGUGCUGCGAUAUCUUUCAGGAUCCUGUUAUCUUGCUGUGCGGUCACAGCUUCUGUAAGUCCUGUCUUCAGGAGUGGUGGAGACAGAGUAGACUGCACUCGUGCCCUGUUUGUAAGAAAGUCUUUCCAGUGGGUGAGCCGCCACGUAAUCUGGCACUGAGGAACCUGUCUGAUGCCUUGAGACAAGAGAGGAGUCAGAGAGCUAACUCUAAACAGUUCUGCAGUCUGCACAGAGAGGAACUUAAGCUCUUCUGUCAGGACGAUCAGCAGCUCGUCUGUCUGAUCUGUCGGGAUUCACAAAAACAUAAGAAACACAACUUCGUCCCCGUCAAUGAGGCAGCAGAAGCCCAAAGGAACCAACUCAAGGUUCAACUGAUGACCUUAAAAACCAAACUGGGCAAAUUUAAAAAACAAAAACUCAACUGUGAUAAAAUGAAGAGCCACAUCAAGCUCCAGGCUCAGCAGACGGAGAAGACGAUCAAAGAGGAGUUUCAGAAGCUUUACCAGUUCCUGCGAGCAGAAGAGGCUGCUCGGGUUGAUGCAGUGAGGAAAGAGGCGACGCUCAAGACUGAGGCAAUGAGGAUCAGGAUUAUAAAUCUGACUGCAGAGAUCUCCUCCCUUACAAAGUCAGUUGAAACCAUAGAGAAGGAGAUGAGGGCUGAUGACAUCUCAUUUAUGCUGAAUGUCAAAUCCACCAUGGAGCAAUCCCAGUGCAACCUGCCAGAACCAGAGACCCCAUCAGGAGCCCUGAUCGACGAGGCCAAACAUCUCGGGAACCUGUCGUUCACAGUCUGGAUGAAGAUGAAGAAUAUGAUCCAAUACUUUCCUGUAUCUCUGGACCCCAACACUGGCGGCUCACUGUUGACUAUAUCAGAAAACAUGACUCGUUCAAAAAGUGACAAGGAUCAGCCAGAUCCUUACGACCCAGAAAGGUUGAACACGUCAACUGUUCUUGGCUCUCAAGGCUUUAGCUCUGGAAAACACUGCUGGGAUGUAGAGGUGGAGGGUUUCUAUGGUGUCGGUGUGGCUGCUAAGGAUCUGAUGAAUGAUAAGAUCUGGAGCAUCUACAUGUAUGGAUGCGGUGAAAUACAUGAACGUACUCCAGAGGGUGAUGUGAUAAUUAAAGCCUGCAUUUUACUCACAAAGAUCAGAGUGCAGCUAGAUUAUGAUAAAGGCAUACUGUCAUUUUUCGACCUACGUGAGAACACACUCAUACACACCAUCAGACACACUUUCACAGAGACGGUCUUUCCAUUUUUUAGUGAGAAUGCAAAAAUCCUUCCGGCUGAAUUGUCAGUGGUGAUAAAAAAACCCAGAUAAAAGACUCUAUAUUACGGCAGAGGUCAAACAUCAAGAUGAGGCCUUGAAACCUCAGCAGUUUACAAUAUGUCAUACCACAGCAAAUCCUGGACUACCACGUUCAGAUGUUUUUGUUUUUUUGUUUUUCUUUUACUUUUCCAUACCAGUACUUAGUUUAUUUUUGUCAGAUUUCAGUAAUUCUUUUUUAUACAUCUCCCAUCCCGCAUAUCUCAGUAGAGGUUUCUAAAGUUUGUAAAGAUUACUGACCAAAAAAUCAUCUUUAUUUUGAUGUUUUGCUCUUGUGAGUACUUCAACUUUUUUGGCUGUACAAUAUAAAAUGACAUCUGUUAUCACUGAACAUAAUUUAGUGAGUGUUUUUAAAUGACUUACAAGCUGGUAGAUGUACGGCCAAAUGUAUGUCAAAUCUGUUUAAAGUUUUACUUGUUUUUUAACAAUUUUUAGUUUAAAUUUCAUGCUGCGCUGUAAAUGUAUAAAUGGUUAUGAGUUUAUAUUAUGUAUCUCAUUUGUUUUUAAGAAUUAGCAGGUGUAGCUAAUGGGUGGAUGGAUGGGUUGAUUUAGAGUUAAAUCAUGUAAAUAUUUUUGAUCAGUCUUAUAUUAAGCUUUCAAAUUUAAUUAAAUAUUUCUUGUUUUUUUUUUUAUGUUUUCCUGAGUUUCCUCAACUGUUGUGAUUUUGGGUUGUGUGAAUUAAAAUAAUUGUACAUCUUUCAAUAUUUGCCAAAAUGUGUAUGAAGCCAAAUUGUCAGCUUAGCUCUUGUGCAAUGGAGGAAAUGGUCAAAGUCAUGGUGCUAUUGUGCAAUUACCAAGUCUGAGUCCAGGGUGCGUGCAGUAAUAUGGCUCUUCUGAUGUUUGUAAUGUGAAUGUAAAACAAGUAAAUAAAUAAACUGAUAUUGCAGCACACA